GUACGGACGCCUUCAACGAUAGUACUCAUUCAGACCAAUAGAAAGUCCCGUGUGACCUAAGUACACACUAGUAAACAAUGUGGUACCCUUGGCGUCAGUGUGUUAAAAAUAUUCACUUUUCAUCUCGGUGCUUAGCCAAAAAAUUAAAAGGGAAAACAGUAGCGGAGCAGCGGUGGUUGGCGCGGCAGGUAAAAGACCCAUACGUCAAAGCUUCACGCGAACUCAACUUCCGGUGCAGAAGUGGCUUUAAAUUGAUAGAAAUUGACGACAAAUUCAGGCUCUUACAUGCCGGUGACAACGUGGUGGAUUGUGGAGCUGCACCUGGAGCCUGGAGUCAGGUGGCCGUACAAAGGGUCAACUCAGCGGGGACAGACCCAGACCUUUUACGUGGCACAGUCAUUGGCAUUGACCUCCAGCACAUCGCAUCUCUAGACGGUGCCAACUUCCUAUCCUGUCAUGACGUCACUGCACCCUCAACACACAAAAAGCUACAGAACUUGCUUCCAAACGGCCAGGCUGACGUCAUCCUGAGCGACAUGGCACCGAAUGCCAGCGGAUUUAGAGAGAUGGACCAUGAGAAGCUCAUCACGAUGUGUUUGUCUUUGUUAGAGUUGUCAGAGGCGAUUCUGAAACCUGGCGGCUCUCUGCUGUGUAAAUACUGGGAUGGGAUCUACGCCCAGAGACUCCAGGAGAAGCUCUCAAGUGUGUUUGGUAGCGUUCGACCUCUAAAACCAAACGCCAGUAGAAAAGACUCUUCAGAAAGAUACUUCCUUGCUGUUUCAGCAGACCUGCAGAAAAACGCCGGCAGCAUAAAUGUAGUGCUGUGAAAAACUGUGAAAGAUGGCUGUGGGAGAAGGUUUAAGGAGACAUGGGAGGAACAAAACACCAGCAGCAGAACACAAACACGGCGCUAUGCAUCUCCAGCGGACUGACAUUUAGUGGCGAGAGCGGAUGGAAACGGAGAACUUAUACAUCCAACUCUGCAAUUGAUAUUGUUAAUGUGGAUUUUCUCUGGGUGAGAUAUAGUCUACAUUUUUUUCAGAGUACAGCAGAGCGAAAACUUCAGCCCGGCUCCAGACAAAUGGUUUGAGGCCAUAAAGUAGAAAAUGGAUGUCCUGCUCUCUCACUGUUCUUAAGUAUGGUUUCUCUCCUCUUUUACAAACUGAGCCAAAACAACAUUUCUUCCACUCAUGCUGGUAAAUGUAAUAAACCUCCUGAAGGGGGGGGGGGCAGCACUGGUGAGAAGCUUUAAAUUCUUGUUAACAUGAGGUCAGUUCUGAAGCUGCAGGAACUCAGGAAAACUAAACACUAAAAGGAAUCAAGUGUAUUAUAUAUUCACUCUACUCAUCAGCGUUGCCAUCAGGGGGUAUAGCUCAGUGGUAGAGCAUUUGACUGCAGAUCAAGAGGUCCCCAGUUCAAGUCUGGGUGCCCCCUGUACAUUUUGAACAACUGACAAUAAGUUACUUUGUAUUCAGACAACUCUUUGUUGAAUGCCCAGUCCAUUAUAUUCAUACCAAAUGUGCAGUUAUUAUAGUAUCAGCAAUGAAAAAAGUAUACGAAUUUGCUGUUCAAACACUCGGUUACAUGAAUGACAAAGAGUUGAUGCAUUACAUUUGAAACGAAUUACCCUAGUGUGGGACCAAUGAGAGACUUUGGUUCAAAAACAUCUUUUUGUUUUUAUCAUUAGAAGUUACUACGCAACAAGAACUCCUUCCUAAGGAGAAAGACAAACAGCGCCUUCAUUUUUAUCAGACCCUUUUUCUUCUUUUGAAAAUAUGAGAAAAUAUAUUCUGGUUUGUUCUCCCUCCGACAGUAGGUUGUGUGAUUAAACAACAGCGCCGUGUUUAAACCAGUGCCAGAUUCAUUGGUGUUCUUUUUUUAAACACUAUUUUACAACAAAGACUAACCUGGACAAAAGUAUUGAUCUAAGUUUUAAUUGGAUUUUUUUUUAAAUUUCAUUUCCCUUUUAAUUAACUUGUCCUGGGACAGAUGGAGGAAAAAUCUCAUGGGAACCACGACUCUGAUCCGUCCUUGUUGAUGGAAAAAGCUGUGGCUUUGAAUUAAGUCUGGGCUGAAGACCGACGCUGCAGGGGCUAAUUGUAUGAAAUCCUAAUAAAACGUCCACUUUUACCUUCACCAUUUUGGCUUAAUAUAAUAACAAUAAAGAAAAUGUAUUUAACACGUUUAACCAGCGUUGACAGUCACCAGUGACUUUGGGAUUUUUGCUGGGGUUUUAGCUAAUGCUAAUUCAAACCAGAGGCUUUAGAGAAUCAUAAAGAGGAGUCUGCUGGAUUUCACCGGCCGCCUUAAUGUUUUUGUGAAGUUGCUGCAGGCAGGAUUUGACAUGGUUUCAGAGCUGGUGCCCCCUGGGGUCCAUGUCAGAACUGUGCAGAGCGGUGGUUCGUACAACCUGAGGUGUUGAUCUGGGCUUUGUGUUUCAUCAAACACUACACACUGGAGGAAAUUCUGUUUUUAAUAGAUGAUUUUUUUUUCUUUUUUUGGCGACUUGAAAGAAGUUUAAGUGACAUUUUGGAUCAUUUCCAGUACAUUUUUACGCAAUGCUAUUGCUAAUUCUAGCUAACUUUUAGCCAUUUUUUGGACUGUCUACUUCCGACCCCAAAUAACUGUAGAUGGAUUUCGACUUAGGCAACGACAAAAACAAACACUCACUGUGACAUUUAGCUUGUUUUUCUGUUGUUAGUUUCUCCCGCUUGUGAUUAACUUAUCUCCUUCCUGAAAGUUACAAAACUCCUCCGCUCAGGCGGGGCGUGGAGGAGGAGGUUGUCCCAUUAGCAGCAGGAGAGGAGGACCUGACAGGGCAUCUAACGCUAUCUGAGAGCGGAGAUCAGCAGGAGGCUGAUGAAUGUGGAGGAAAAACACACAUCCUCAUUGUUAUGCUCGAGCGGGGAAUUAUAUUUGUUACAGCUUUUUAAGCUUUGCUCGAUUCCAGCUGUGAUUUUAAAUAUUCAUACAAUUUGCGGAGCGGAGUGUUAAAGUUAAAGGACUCCUUAAUACCAGGAUUGUGUGGAUUUUUUUAAAAGUCUUAAGUGUUUACGUGCACGUUGCAAAACAUGUCACUCACGUGAUGAUAAUGAUUGGGCUCGUUUCUUGUUUACGUCUCUGCGGGGAGGAUAGAAAAAAAAAAUCAAACCCGAGUUUGUCUCUGAGGAAAACAGUCGGUAGGAUUCGCGGAGAGUUUCUCUCCACACCGUCGGUUGUUGCCCUGGGAUGUUUCUUGUUUUGCUGUACUGCCACAGGAACCUGCGUGAACAAAAAAGACUUUGAAGAAAACUAUAUAAGAAGCAGCUAAUGACGAUCCGAUGUUCUAACUGUGAUCCUGAUGAGAGCAUUAUAAGGAUCAAGGGCCCCAUGCGAGUCGAUUUCUAUAUUUUACCGCCGCGAAAACAAAGAGGAGAUCAUUGCAUUCACAAACAUCAGCAGGGAAGCCGCGGAAACAAGAAAAGAUGGAUGUGCGCGGCGACAGGGCCGAGUGAGGUUGACGGUCAGGAGACGGUGAGAGGUGAGGGGCGGCCUGAUGAGACGUGGAGCAGCACCUGAGUCCCAUUAACUCUCCAUAUCUGUCCCCAACCUUCUGCAGCAACGCGGCCCGUUCCCACCGCCACACCAUAUGGUGGCUUCAUCUUCUGCAACACAUCCAUUUAU